AUGCCCGAAAAUAGUGUGGGGACGAUGGAUGGACAAGAUGACACAACACGCUCAACAAAUAAACCACGAGGUCGGCCUCGAAAAGAUAUAAUAGAUACAGGUAUCGAGCUUCGACGUGCUAAGACACGGCGCGCACAAACGACUUUCCGAGCCCGUCAACGACAGCACCUCAACAAACUGGAGCAGAAAUGCAGAAGGCUUGAAGAUGUUGUUGAACAGAUGACGACGGCCGUUUUGGACUUCAGUGAUGACCUUGACCAGUCCAACAACUUGGAUCCAAACGCGGGAGAAAACUUGAGGACUGCCAUGACGAAAUUCGUCGCACUUUCAAAGACCGGUUCAGGGGACCCAAAUGAACUUCAGCAGGAUCCCCGGAUUUUUGCAAAGAUCGAUCGUAGAACUUUCAAGCAGCCGAGUACAGAGGCUAAGCGUGCCGCAAUAACAGCAAUGCCCACGCCACCUACAAACCGUCCAUCAAAAGCGGAUUUACGCAUGAAUCAUAAUAUUUGGAAUCGACAUACUGAAUCUUCAAAUUCUGCGAGCAGUGCGAUUCCAUACAUUCUCGCAGGGCGUGAUAGCUUCGCUUCCAGACUGUAUUACGAGACCAUAGCUCUUGUUCUUCGGUCGAUGUAUGGAGAGUUACCAGGAGCCAUUGCAGGUCGCAUGUUCCGCUUCAAGUCACGCUAUUGUACCUGUGCAAAGAUUCGUGGCAUACUUGGCAGCGUCUUCAACAUGCUGCUUCAUGGCACAUUCCAAUCAGAGGACGUAAACACUGAUAUCACGGACGACAAAGCUGUAAAGGCUUUGAUAGUGCAUCAAAUCGAGAGCUCGGGCGGAUCUGAGCAUGACUAUCUGUCAACGUGGGAGGUUGAACGAUAUUUAAAGAAGAAGUGGCGUCUCGGGAUUGAUUCGAAUACUGUCAAAGUACAAGCCAGUGCCUUGCUGUCAAUCAACAACAAAACUUCCCAACACGCCGCUGUAUCAGAUGGCAGUCCAAAGCUGGUCUUCCCAACAAUGGUUCCUGGUUUCCCUGAGACUUCUCCAUCAAUGUGGAAUGUUGAAUCUUUGCUUGAGAGAUUGAAGCUGACAUCCGUUUCCAUUGGAGAGGGCCCAAGAUGGCAUAUAGCAGAUAUCGAUGCAGCUGUGGAAGCGUUUUUGACUGAGAGCAAGGAGGACGAUAAAUAA